GGGGGUUCUUUAAAUAGAAACCCUUCAACCCUUUUCUUGUCAUCAAUUGUUUGAGGCAAUGGAGGGUUUGGUCAUGACCCCAAAUGAAGCUGAUGAAAAAUUGCCCAAAUCAGCUGGCAGAAGUUGUGAGUCACUUGGUGUCGAAAACUCGCUGAGGCUAAAAUUUCUUACUGCAAUUGGUGCCCAUGAAUAUUUUUCACCAGAGAUGUGGAGAGCAGCUUUUACAGAAUUAGUAGCAACAGCUUCUCUUCUGUUCACCCUGACCUCUUCAAUCAUCUCAUGCUUGGAAUCAGGAGAGGUUGAUCCAAAGCUGCUUGUCCCAAUUGCAGUCUUCAUCAUAGCCUUCCUCUUCCUCCUAGUCACAGUCCCUUUAUCUGGAGGGCACAUGAGCCCUGUCUUCACAUUCAUAGCUGCCUUCAAGGGUGUUAUAACUUUUGUUAGGGCCUCCACCUACAUUUUGGCACAAUGCAUUGGCUCAAUCUUGGGAUUUCUUAUAAUCAAGACUGUGAUGGAUCAAAAUGCAGCACAAAAAUACUCCUUAGGUGGCUGCACAAUCAAGGGAAGUGGGUCCACAUCUGGGGUGGGGACACAAACAGCAUUGAUGGUAGAAUUUGCCUGCACAUUUGUGGUUCUCUUUGUCGGGGUCACAGUGGCAUUUGACAAGAGAAGGUGCAAAGAGUUAGGUUUGGCCAUGGUGUGUGCUGUGGUGGCUGGGGCUAUGGCACUCGCAGUUUUUGUGUCAAUUACUGUGACCGGGCGGGUUGGGUAUGCGGGCGUGGGUCUGAACCCGGCGAGGUGCUUAGGCCCGGCGUUGUUGCUAGGGGGGAGGUUGUGGGAUGGCCAUUGGGUUUUCUGGGUUGGACCAAUCUUGGCUUGUAGUGUGUACUAUUGUGUCUCUUUAAACUUGCCCAAUGAGGGUUUAAAAUCUGUGGAAGAAGAGUGUGACAUUCUGAAGGGAGAGGGCAUUGUAUGA